CAGCAUCGCGGAGCGAACACGCAAAGCAUAGUCAGACAUUGCGGCUGAAAUAUCAAUGAGUAGCGAAUCUGCACAACAGCCACCACGGUCGUCGUCCCCUGGACCGCGUGCGUCGAGGACGAAUCGGGUUGUUUGCACAGCAUGUCGGCAAUCAAAGGUACGUUGUGUGGGGACCGAGAAUGAGGAUUGUGCGAGGUGUAUGAGGUUAGGGUUGGAUUGUCACAGAGAUACAAACUUCAAGCGGGUCUCUAAGAGUCGCAAAAUCGCGGAAUUGGAGAAGCAAGUCCAGCUUCUUACAUCAGCUUUUACUGGGUCCUCCAACCAAUCACCGCAGUCGCCUCAAGUUUCCGUGCAUCAGCAGAGCCAUGUACCUCCAAGUUUUGCAUCCCAACCUACGCCGCCAGCUAUGUUGACGCGGACUCCUUCACAAGAUGUCUCGGGCCGUACUGUUUCUAGGACUCCCCAGUAUCAGAACCCUGGUCUUCAAGGUCCAUCUGUUAUGAGUAUCUUUCAUAUUGACGAAAGUCCUCGCCCACGACCUGGAGCAGCUUUAUCAAGGUCAAUUCAGUCGGCAUACCUGACAGGACAAACCAUUGAUGAGCUAUUCGAGAUUUUCUUCGAACAUUACCAUCCAGCACUUCCAUUUCUGAACCCCGCCAAGUCACCUGACGACUACUAUGAUUCAGGAACAAUCCUCUUCUGGGUUAUCAUCAGUAUCGCUUCUCGACGCUACACUAAUGAUAUGUUAUUAUUCCCCGUAUUAUGUGAAUGGAUACCCAAGUUAAUAUGGGAGAGUAUCUCGAGUCCACCAUAUACGAUACCCAUGGUUCAAGCCAUCAUUCUCGCUUGUACAUGGCCUUUCCCUAUGCCAUCUAUGUGGAAUGACACGAUAGUCACAUUGAGUUCAAUCGCAGUAAGCACUGCAAUGCAGUUAGGACUACACCGACCCUUAAACGCAACUGAUUUCCUUCGCAAAAAAGCCACCGCAGACGAGAACGACUCCCAAACAAGAGCCUUCACAUGGGCAGCAGCAAACAUAGUCUCACAGUCCAUCGAAGCCACCUACGGCGUCCUUCCCACAACCCCGUUCGACCGAACCAUCGAAGCCUCCUGCAAGCCCGGAAACAUGUACAGCCUCCCCAACAUCCUCCGCUUCAAACUCGCCAUCUUCCGCUACUGCAACCGAAUCUCCAACCUCGUCUGCCGCGACCUCACCGACAACGGGGACCCGUUCUCGCCUGGCACUCCGCAAACAAACCCCACUUUAUCAUGGGUCACCGAGCUCCUCGAAUUCGAAACCAGGAUGCAGAGCUGGAAGCAAAAAUACCGGGACCAAUUAUCCUUCCACGACGAAAUCUACGCCGCCGCCGCCGCCGUCUACACAACCUCCAUGUACUUCUUCGACUCGACCUCCUCCGCCGCCCGCAAACACAAUAUCCUAAAAGCCUACCGCACCUCCACCUCCUACAUCCAGCUCCUCACCUCCUUCGACCAGACCUCCAACUACCUCCUCCACGCGCCCUCCUACCCAUUGAAAAUCUUCGUCCUAGCCUGCUGCGUGCUAUUGAAAGUUCUACGAAGUAGUUACGCGGCAGACGUCGAUUUCGAAGAGGGGAAGCGGUUGUGUAAUCUUGCGAUCAUUGCCGCGAAUAAGAGUAGCGUGGCGCCGCAGGAUAGCGCGGGGAAGGUCGCCAAGAUGGUUAGUCAGGUGUGGCAUUCGGGGGAUCUGAGGCCGUUGGGGGAGAUGCCGGUUUUGAUGGUUAAGUCGAGGUUGGGUGCUAGUAUUUUAUACGACUUCAUCUGGACGUGGAGACAGGAGUUUGGCGGACAGCAGGGGGCGUAUCCGAGGGAGGGUGAUGGUAUGGAGCCGGAAACGGAAGAUAUACUACUCCCGACAGAUGGUGUGUUUGAUGAUGCGUCGAUGGUUGAUCUUGAUUUUCUGAAUGAUCCGGAUUGGAUGGAGAGUAUCACGAAUUCGAUUGGGUGAUGGGAUGGGAUUUGGUGCAAUGGGUGUAGAUGAUGGGAAUACCACUUGGGGAG